CGCCGCUACACAUGUCUCUCCUGCCACAAAUCCUUCACGACAUCCGGCCAUCUCGCCCGUCACAACCGUAUUCAUACCGGUGAGAAGAAUUUCGUGUGUCCGCAGGAGGGGUGUGGUGCGAAGUUCUCGAGGCAGGAUAAUUGUAUGCAG